UCUGAUCAAGACAUUGAACAACCAACUCAAUAAAUCAAAAUGAAAUUCAUCAUUGUAUUCGUUGCCCUCUUCGCCGUUGCUUUGGCCGCUCCUCGCCCAGAAGCUGAAAUCCUCAAGUACGAAUCUGAUGUUCAACCCGAAGGAUUCCAAUAUGCUUUUGCCACUAGCGAUGGUGUCGAAGCCGAAGCUCAAGGUCAAUUGAAGAACGUUGGUACCGAAGAAGAAGCUAUUGUCGUCAAGGGUUCCUACUCCUUCGUUGCUGAUGAUGGUGUCACCUACACUGUCAACUAUGUUGCCGAUGAAAACGGUUUCCAACCCCAAGGUGCUCAUUUGCCCGUUGCCCCUGAAGCUUAAGUUGUUGUUACAAUGAU